AUGGCAGAGCCACACAGUGCACCAGAGCAGGCUGCAGCUGGCAAGAGCCAUGGAGGCCUUGGGGGCAGCUACAAGGUGACUGUGUAUGAGUUGGAGAACUUCCAGGGCAAGCGAUGUGAGCUCUCGGCCGAGUGUCCCAACCUCACUGACAGCCUGCUGGAGAAGGUGGGCUCUAUCCAAGUGGAGUCUGGACCGUGGUUGGCGUUCGAGCGCAGGGCCUUCCGUGGGGAACAGUUUGUUCUGGAGAAGGGGGACUACCCACGCUGGGAUGCCUGGUCCAGCAGCCGACGUAAUGACAUUCUCCUGUCCCUCCGGCCUUUGCACAUCGAUGGCCCAGACCACAAGCUGCACCUGUUUGAGAACCCAGCCUUCAGUGGGCGCAAGAUGGAGAUCGUGGAUGAUGAUGUGCCCAGCCUGUGGGCCCAUGGCUUCCAGGACCGUGUGGCCAGCAUCCGAGUCAUCAACGGGACGUGGGUGGGCUACGAGUUCCCUGGCUACCGCGGACGCCAGUACGUGUUAGAGCGCGGCGAGUUCCGCCACUGGAAUGAGUGGGAUGCCAACCAGCCGCAGCUGCAGUCUGUGCGUCGCAUCCGCGACCAGAAGUGGCACAAGCGCGGCUGCUUCCUGAGCAGCUGA